AUGUACAUAAUACGAACGGCGCCUCCGCCGCUGCCGUUGCCGUUGCCACUGUUGCCUGCAUUAUGGCCAGCGUUCUCUGGCUUCGACGCAUCGAACAACAACGGCACAUCUGGCGAUGGACCGGGCGGCGAGCUGCCAAGCAACUGGUCGUCGCUGAUUGGCAUUGUGACGGCUAUUGUGGGAAACGUGUUGAUCGCGCUUGCUCUCAAUGUGCAGCGCUAUGCCCACAUUCAGUUGCAUAAGGAGCAGCAGCGGAACCGAGAACGAGCACGCCAGGCGCUGAGGGAUGCGGCAAACGGCAACGGGGGCACGAACAAGAAGAAGCGGCAAGGAGGCAGUUUCGACAGCAGAGCCGGCCACGGAAAUGGCAAUGGGGGACGAUAUGGAGCCGUGGAAGGAAGUGGUAGUGGAAACGAAAAUCGACACAAUGAAAGCGAUGGGCACGAGGCGGACGACGAGGGCGACACGAAUAGCGACGGCCACCCUGCACACGAAUCCGACCCGUUGACGGCAGACUACCACCGCGACGACUCCGAGAGCCGCAAAUCGACCUUGUCGGACUCCGAUCCCAACUCGCUGCAGUCGAAGUCGUACCUGCGAUCGCCGUACUGGUGGUUGGGCCAAGUGCUGAUUACCAUUGGCGAAAUGGGCAAUUUUCUGGCCUACGGCUUUGCUCCCGCCUCGAUCGUGUCUCCGUUGGGCGUCGUGGCGUUGAUUUCCAACUGCGUGAUUGCGCCCAUCCUGUUUAAAGAGUCGUUUCGGAAGCGCGACUUUGGGGGCGUUGUGAUCGCCAUCGCCGGCGCCGUCACAGUCGUCCUGAGCGCCAAGCAGGAAGAGACCAAGCUCAACCCGCACGACGUGUGGGAUGCCAUCACGACGGCGGCUUUUGAGAUUUACGUGGGCGUCACCUGCGGGCUUAUUGCGCUGCUGAUGUGGGCCAGCCCACGGUAUGGCAACCGGUCCAUUCUCAUUGACCUGGGGCUGGUCGGUCUGUUUGGCGGCUAUACUGUCUUGGCUACCAAGGGCGUUUCGUCCAUGCUUUCCUCGACGCUGCUAGGGGCUUUUCUCACCCCCAUGACCUACGUUCUCUUGAUCAUCUUGCUGGGAACGGCCGUGAUGCAGGUCCGCUACGUCAACAAGGCCCUGCAGCGUUUCGACUCGACGCAGGUCAUCCCAAUUCAGUUUGUUAUGUUCACGUUAUGUGUCAUCAUUGGCAGUGCUGUCCUAUACCGCGACUUUGAACGCACCACCGUCGAACAGGCAGCCAAGUUCGUUGGCGGGUGUCUGUUGACGUUUUUCGGCGUCUUCGUCAUUACCAGCGGCCGUCCAAGCACGGACGACGAUGAAGAUGACGACGAUGACCUGUCCGUUGCCGACGGACCGGGAGAGUCUAUCAACCUCGCGGCGCAGGCAAACAAUGGGGAAGACGGUGCACCACAAACACCAACCGGGCGCUCGACGGUACGGCAUGGAUCUCGACGCUCAUCGCGCGCUUCCCGUGUCAACUUCGUCGGCACGCUCACCAACCGACCUCUUUCGCUAGCAACAGAGACUGGUGUUCCCUCACAGCGCACACCUCUGGCGACGCCCAGUCUGGCAGCAACCUCUGUCCCGAGAAUUUCGGAGCCACACCCACCGCAGGACGCUGACGCGGCAGGUGAUUACUUGACAUACAAGGACGACCAGGAGAGUGGCGGCGAGGAGCCAACGCAACCUCUCCUAGAAAACCCGUGGCGCAGCGCGUCAUUCAGCUCGCCAGUGAGCGGAUCGCCGCUGGAUGCAGCAGCUCUCUCGACGCCUGCCGGGGCCUUUCGUCCCAGCCUUGGCCCAUCACCCGUAAGUGCCGAUGCGGUCCUGCACGCGAUUGGCACUGGCGACAACGCACCAGCACCUUCGUCACCGGCGCCGCCACAGGCCGACCGGCCCGUCACACCGUCGGCUGUGCUGCGGCCGCACCAGACACCGUCACAAUACUUCCACCAAAGCCCCAUGAUCUCGCCGUCGCCCCUCUUGUCAUCGACGAUGAGUGCUGUCAUGGCCGACACCAUCCUCCAGCACCUCGACGGAGGUAGUCCUCAGGCAGUACGCCGGCCAUCCACGCGGCGGGUCCGACCGAGUUUGCGAUCGAGCCUGUUUGUACCGCAGGACGAGCUGCUCCUUGACGACGCCGAAAGGCUCUUGCACCCGUCCACCGUAUACCAAAAUCAAAAUCAAAACCAUAACCACAACCAGAACCAGAACCAUCCGUACCGAUACCACCAACAUGGCGGCUCUCUGGAGGCAUUCGUUACAGGUCCUAGCAUACCUCACGCAUCCCGACCUGCCACAUCGACACGUGUGGGGACGUCUGUGGCUGGACCCUCGGGCACAGCCGGGCCAUCUAGCGGUGCCGCCGAUCGACGCGACGUUCAGACAUCGGGAGGCCCAUCGGCGUCUUCCAAAGUAGAGGGCGCAACGAAUUCGCGCGCGCGGGCACGCAGCCUAAGCACGACACUUGGCGGUCUGUUUUGGUCGAGGAGAAAGAGCAGUGCAAAUAACGGAGAGGGUCGCACGGCUGGUAGCAACAACAGCACGUCUAGAAACAAUUCUGAAUUUUCACAAGACGACUACACUGCCAGCGAUGACCUGCCACCGCCGUCGGCCGCAGUGACAGAGUCCGAGGCCGAGGCACAACCCGAAAGGUUCUUUUAG